AUGGCUUUGCGACAACUUCAACGGAUCUUAGUCCCGGGUUUGGAGCGGCUUAUGCCCGUGGCUUGGGCUUCCACAACCUCAUCCCAUGGGCAAAGUGGGGCCCAACCCGCCGCUCAAUCCGCCACUCCGCCCAAGGUGGAUUUUGACUGGACGGAUGCCCUCAAUUUGGAGUCCCGUCUAACCGACGAAGAAGUGAUGGUGCGUGAUGCGCUCCAUGAUUAUUGCCAAGAGAAGCUCCUACCCCGUGUCAUGAUGGCCAAUCGAAAUGAGACCUUCCAUCGGGAGAUUAUGAGCGAAUUCGGCGCUUUGGGGGCCUUGGGUCCUACCAUUCACGGCUACGGUUGUCCCGGCGUGUCCUCGGUGGCUUAUGGACUGAUUUCCCGAGAGGUGGAGCGCGUGGAUUCAUCCUAUCGUUCCGCCAUGUCCGUCCAAUCCUCACUGGUUAUGUAUCCGAUCUACGAUUUUGGCACUGAAGCCCAGAAGGAGAAGUUCCUGCCCAAAUUGGCCACGGGCGAGCUGGUGGGCUGUUUUGGCCUGACCGAGNUGUGGUAA